AGACUAAGGCAAAAAUAAGCGAAUUUUAAUUAAGCUGAGUAUUCGGGUUGUCGAAACCUGUACUGCUACAAUAAAAUAUUUCCCAUCACUUACAAAGUAAUUACAUAUUUGGUCGAUGAUGGACCUCCUCAGUUUCAUUCAAAUUUUGAUAAAACGCAUAUUCCAUCCGUAGUAAGCAUUUUACUCCGUGAUCCUUCUACUAUCGCUAUUUAUACGCACUCUUUCCUCUAAGCGUUCGCUAUGAAUCGGACGGAACUCGAUUAUUACGCUGUACUGAAUGUGCCACGCGAUGCACCCAAAGAGGCUAUAACGCUGGCGUAUCGUAAAUUGGCUAUUAGGCUGUGCCCGCAUCGCGAUCCGAAGUAUGAACGCGAUUUUGUGCCAAAUUUGGGGCCAACCCAUAUGCAAACGUUAUCGCUGAAUCGCCAAUGGGAAUACAUUAAUAUGGCCUACGAUGUUCUAGGCAACGAUUUGUAUCGCGCAAUCUACGAUCGAUUUGGGGAGGCUGGUCUCUUUCAGGGCAUUUAUUUACCCAAUGGCUACUUCCCGCCUUAUCAAUACCAUGGCGACCACAUGAAAGUAUAUCACGAUGUCUUUGGCAGCUACUCGCCAUAUGCAAACAUCAUUGAUGUUGUUACAAAUCCUCCAGUGCUGUACUCGUCGUUGGAGCAUGGCAUAGGAGUGUACAGAAAAGAUCCUCCAGUGGAAAGAAUUAUUUAUUUAGAAUUGGAGGAAGUAUUUACGGGCUGUACAAAAUUGAUGCAUGUCUGGAGACAAGAAUUUACUGAUUCGAAAGAAACGCGCACAGAGAAAAAGAAGAAAACACUAAAACUGAAAAUAUCACCAGGUACCACUGCAGGCACACGAUUUUGUUUCAAGGAGGAAGGUGACCGCAGCCCAACAAAAAUCCCUGCCGAUAUUAUAUUUAUCACAGCCGAUAAGCCGCAUCCCUUCUUCGAGCGUAGCCAGCACCACAAUUUGGUCUACACCCAUGAUAUUACCUUAAAAGAGGCACUUGUCGGUUUUACCUUUACAAUCACUACGCUGGGCAAACGCGCUCUAAAAAUAGUUAUUUCCGAUGUGGUUUGCCCGGGAUAUACCAAAGUGCUGCCAAAAGAAGGACUACCAGUGUGUAAAGAAGAACCAAUCGCUCCCGACAUGAAACCAUCUGGUCUAAAGGAAGUUACAUUUGGGGACUUGAUUGUCAAAUUUCAGGUUGAGUUCCCAAAAUUAAUGAAUUACAAGAUGCGCAAUUUGACCAAAGAAUUUUUUUGCGAAUUGCAAAAAAUGCAAGACGAAGCUGAGAAUGCGCCGCAUCCCUUGCAGAAUCUUUUGAAAAACAUUAAACGACGCAAAUAAUGAAACCAGCAGCAAGGAAAAACAACAACAAAUACAUGCUUAAUCAAAUGUUUUAAAUUUGUAUUUUUUUAUUAUAUCAUUCAAAUUUAAAAGACUGUUACGCUUGAAUGGUCUGCAAUUUUAUUAUAUUUUUUUGCAAUACAUAUAUGACAUUUGCACAUAAAUACAUAUGUGUUUUGUAUGCCCGCAUAUAUAUAUUUUGUUGUAUUUAUUAUUAUGUUUUUUUUCGAAUAUGCAUUAAUUAAAUUCAAUUUGUGUGUAAUUUGACUUGAAUGUUUAGUUAAAAAAAUUGUGAAUGUUUUACAUGCAGGCAUGUAUUUAAAUACAUAAAUACAAGUAUGUAUAUAUGUAUGUGUGAACGUACGAUUGAUAAAAAUCCGCAUGAUUGGUUAAAAAUAUAUGCUUUAGAAAUUUUCAUAAUCGAAUUAUUGCGUCGCUAUGUUUGUAUGUGUUUAUGUGUGUGAAGUUGUGCUUGUAUUGGCGCUGUUGUGUGAAACCUGAAUAUAUCUACUACAUGAAUAAUGUGACAUACUUAUCUACAUAUAUAUUUACAAAACAAAUAAACGCGUAAGAGGAGUAAACUCAAUAGGCAGGUUGUAGGUUUGCCUGCACAUACAUAUUAUACAUACAUUAGGCUGCAUCUCUAACCAUACAAAAAACCAAAAGCCACAACAAAUGCAAUCAGUGCCGCCUUUCCACCGAAAAUAUAACAGCUAUUUUAUUUGAAGAAAUUUACCAGAAUAUUUCGGAAAAAUAAUGAGAUUUAAGUGAGCUGGACCGAUUUGAAUAACCUCCGAAUUUUUUAUUAUAGUGAUUUCGUUCAUAAAAUUGUUUACACAUUUUUAUGCUACACCCAACUCUUUUUUUUGCACAGGGCCUUUUUUACACGAUUUUGAAAUAACACAUGAAAUUUUCGUUUUUGCACGAGUCUCAAAACAUAAAAUGUUUUUCUAAAUAAAACAUAACUCCUAAAAGAAUGCCUUAUUAAGUAAAAAAUUGUCGUGUAAGAUUCAGUAGAGAUACAUACAUAACGGUACACUCAAACACUAUGCAAUGAGAGUAUUUCUGAACUAAUACCGUCUUUUCCCGAAAAUAAGACAUCCUCCGAAAAUAAGCCCUAUCGUGAUUUUCGGAACUUUUUGUAAAAUAAGACACCCCCCGAAAAUAAUCCCUAGUUAAAAUAAUGUGACAAAAAUAAUUUAUUAAGAAAUGCUGUUGAUUUAUUAAGUAUAAGUAAUAAUAUGUUUCGUUUUCCUAAUACUCAUAUUUCAGAGAAAUGUUUGAAACAAAAAAUUCCAAGAAAUUAAUUGUUUACCUCUACAGUUCGUCUCAAACUAAUUCUUGGAAUUUCAGCAGUCAGUCUUGUAAGUCUGAUUAUAUCCUCAUACGUCAUUUUAUUAAAAAUUAAGUGAAUAAUGUUUAACCCCAGUUAAAAUAAGUACAAAAAGGGAAACGUGGAAGACUCCGGGGGUGUUAAUCUUGUAGCAUUCUGUAAAGAGAAGAUGCUGGUUCGUAAAUGGCGUGCAGACUACGAUUACCUGUGUCAACUGAUGGCAUCGUCACACUGGUUGGGCAAUUUCCUUAAACGAUAUGAACUGUCUCUAAGGAGAUCAACCGCAUUGUUUAAGCUGGAGGACAAUGAAGUCGUUAAGCGUGCACUUUCAUUUCAGCUUUUUGUUGAUGGCAUCGAUUUUUCGAAAUACCAACUCUCCAACAUGGUUGCUAUGGAUGAGACCGCGGUACACCUGGGCCAAGGACCUCAAACGACAGUUCAGCACAAGGCUUCUUCGUGUUCCUUCUACCAGUUACGAUACUGCACGUGUUACCUGUAUUUUGGCGAUUCGU